GCCGAGCUCCAGUGCGGGACGGGCGGGCGCCGAGCGAGGACGGGCCGGAGCGGGCAGCCGGGGAGCCGGCAGUCCUGCCGCGACGGUGGCCGGCACCCGCUGGCUUCUGCGCCGCUCCGGGCUCCCAGAAAGGAGGGGACCAGACACUUGUUUUUUUUUUUUUUUUCCUUUCUGGAACAGCCGGAGCGAGUCCUGACGAGAGCUUCCCUCCUGGCCUGUCACGCUGCUCACCGCGCCCCUCAGUCCCAGCCCGGACUCUGGAAGAUGACCAGAGGCGCUGCCCGGCGUAUCCCAACGGCGGCUGCUCGGGGAGGCAGCGAAAAGUAGUGACACGGGCUGGCGGCGGCUGGUGGAAAAGUGAACCGAGGCGGUGCGGACUCGGCUCUCCCCGGCGCGCCCCGCGCGCCGCCCGCCGCUCCUUGGCCUCGCCUCCCCGGCGGCCGCAGCAUGAAGUGGCGCAGAGAUGGCCAGGAGAGGUAAGAAGCCCGUGGUGCGAACGCUGGAGGAUCUGACACUGGACUCGGGUUAUGGUGGCGCGGCGGACUCUGUGCACUCCUCCAACUUGUCUCUCUGCUGUUCCGACUCGCACCCGGCGUCCCCGUAUGGCGGGAGCUGCUGGCCGCCUCUAGCUGACUCCAUGCACAGCCGGCACAACAGCUUUGAUACCGUCAACACUGCCCUGGUGGAAGACUCCGAGGGGCUGGACUGCGCCGGCCAGCACUGCUCGCGGCUGCUGCCGGACCUCGACGAGGUCCCCUGGACCCUCCAGGAGCUCGAGACGCUGCUGCUGCGCUCGCGGGAUCCCCGGGCAGGCCCCGCGGCCCCUGGCGGCCUGCCGAAGGACGCGCUGGCCAAGCUGUCGAUGCUGGUGAGCCGGGCGCUGGUGCGCAUUGCCAAAGAGGCGCAGCGCCUAAGCCUGCGCUUCGCCAAGUGCACCAAGUACGAGAUCCAGAGCGCCAUGGAGAUCGUGCUGUCCUGGGGCCUGGCAGCGCACUGCACGGCGGCCGCGCUGGCCGCGCUGUCCCUCUACAACAUGAGCAGCGCCGGAGGCGACCGCCUGGGCCGUGGCAAGUCGGCGCGCUGCGGCCUCACCUUCUCCGUGGGCCGCGUGUACCGCUGGAUGGUGGACAGCCGCGUGGCGCUGCGCAUCCAUGAGCACGCAGCCAUCUACCUGACCGCCUGCAUGGAGAGCCUCUUCCGGGACAUCUACGCGCGGGUCGUGGCCUCCGGGCUGCCCCGCAGCUGUAGCGGUCCUGGCUCAGGCUCCGGCCCGGGCCCUGGCCCUAGCUCGGGCCCCGGGGCGGCUUCGGCGGCCGAGAAGGAGCGGGAGGCGCCCGGAGCGGGAGCGGUGAGCGGUGGCGCCUGCAGCGCAGCUAGCAGCGCCAGCGGGGGCAGCAGCUGUUGCGCCCCGCCAGCAGCCGCCGCCGCCACCGCCUCUGCCAACGCCGCAGUCCCGCCGGCCGCGGCCCCCGCCGCCAACCAUCACCACCACUACCACCACCACGCGCUGCAGGAGGCUCCCAAGUUCACUGUGGAGACCCUGGAGCACACGGUCAACAACGACUCAGAGAUAUGGGGGCUCCUACAGCCCUACCAGCAUCUCAUCUGCGGGAAGAACGCCAGCGGGGUGCUGUGCCUCCCAGACAGUCUGAAUCUUCACCGAGACCCACAGCGGUCGAGCAAGCCGGGAGAGCUGCCGAUGUUCAGCCAGUCAGAGCUGAGGACCAUCGAGCAGUCCUUGCUGGCCACCCGCGUGGGCAGCAUCGCAGAGCUGAGUGACCUGGUGUCCCGUGCAAUGCAUCACCUGCAGCCACUCAAUGCCAAGCACCAUGGCAAUGGCACCCCCCUGCACCACAAGCAGGGGUCGCUCUACUGGGAGCCCGAGGCCCUCUACACCCUCUGCUACUUCAUGCACUGCCCACAAAUGGAAUGGGAGAACCCCAACGUGGAGCCUUCCAAAGUCAACCUCCAGGUGGAAAGGCCCUUCCUCGUGCUGCCGCCGUUGAUGGAAUGGAUCCGGGUGGCCGUGGCUCACGCCGGCCACCGCCGCAGCUUCUCCAUGGACAGCGACGACGUGCGCCAGGCUGCCCGGCUGCUGCUGCCCGGCGUGGACUGCGAACCGCGCCAGCUCAGGGCUGACGACUGCUUUUGCGCCUCCCGGAAGCUGGACGCAGUGGCCAUCGAAGCCAAGUUUAAGCAGGACCUGGGCUUCCGGAUGCUGAACUGUGGGCGCACGGACCUAGUGAAGCAGGCGGUGUCUCUGCUGGGACCCGACGGCAUCAACACCAUGAGCGAACAGGGCAUGACCCCCCUGAUGUACGCCUGCGUGCGUGGGGAUGAGGCGAUGGUCCAGAUGCUGCUGGAUGCCGGAGCUGACCUGAAUGUGGAGGUGGUCAGUACUUCUCAUAAAUAUCCAUCCGUCCACCCCGAGACCCGCCAUUGGACGGCUCUGACUUUUGCUGUGUUGCAUGGACAUAUUCCUGUAGUUCAGCUCCUCCUGGAUGCAGGGGCCAAGGUGGAAGGUUCGGUGGAGAUUGGCGAGGAGAACUACUCAGAAACACCACUCCAGCUGGCAGCCGCCGUAGGAAAUUUUGAGCUGGUUAGUUUGCUGUUGGAGCGUGGCGCAGACCCCCUGAUAGGAACCAUGUACAGGAAUGGAAUUUCGACAACCCCCCAGGGGGAUAUGAACUCUUUCAGCCAGGCUGCAGCCCAUGGACACAGGAAUGUGUUCCGCAAACUGCUCGCUCAGCCAGAAAAGGAGAAGAGUGACAUCCUGUCCCUGGAGGAGAUUCUGGCCGAGGGGACUGACCUGGCGGAGACAGCCCCGCCCCCGCUGUGCGCCAGCCGCAACAGCAAGGCCAAACUGAGGGCCCUGCGGGAGGCCAUGUACCACAGCGCUGAGCAUGGCUACGUGGAUGUCACAAUUGACAUCAGGAGCAUAGGUGUCCCGUGGACUCUGCACACAUGGCUGGAGUCCCUGCGCAUCGCCUUUCAACAGCACCGCAGGCCCCUCAUCCAGUGCUUGCUGAAGGAGUUCAAGACCAUCCAGGAGGAAGAGUACACGGAGGAGCUCAUCACCCAGGGCCUGCCCCUGAUGUUCGAGAUCUUGAAAGCCAGCAAGAACGAGGUGAUCAGCCAGCAGCUGUGCGUCAUCUUCACGCACUGCUAUGGGCCCUACCCUAUCCCCAAGCUCACGGAGAUCAAACGGAAGCAGACCUCGCGCCUGGAUCCGCAUUUUCUGAACAACAAAGAGAUGUCCGAUGUCACCUUCCUGGUAGAAGGGAGACCGUUCUACGCACACAGAGUGCUGUUGUUCACAGCCUCCCCAAGGUUCAAAGCCCUUCUCUCCAGCAAGCCGACCAAUGACAGCACCUGCAUAGAGAUUGGCUACGUGAAGUACCCCAUCUUUCAGUUGGUCAUGCAGUACCUGUACUACGGUGGGCCCGAGUCGCUUCUCAUCAAGAACAAUGAAAUCAUGGAGCUGCUGUCUGCAGCCAAGUUCUUCCAGCUGGAGGCUCUGCAGCGACAUUGUGAGAUUAUCUGUGCAAAGAGCAUCAACACGGACAACUGUGUGGACAUUUACAACCACGCCAAGUUCCUCGGUGUCACUGAGCUCUCCGCCUAUUGCGAAGGUUACUUCCUCAAAAACAUGAUGGUCCUCAUCGAGAACGAAGCAUUCAAGCAGCUCCUGUACGACAAAAACGGCGAAGGCACUGGCCCGGAUGUGCUGCAGGACUUGCAGAGGACGUUGGCCAUCCGGAUUCAGUCCAUCCACCUGUCGUCAUCCAAAGGCUCCGUGGUCUGAGACGCCCCCCGGGGUGGGUGGUAGCAAACACGCCUGGGGACUCAGUGGUUCUCCCUCUGACAUCAGCACCACACAGACACGUACAGAUUCCACCCAUGGGCAGCAGCAUUUGGCUGGGCCAAGGAGCUGCCUCGGGUGCCUCGGCUCUCUCGAAGGAGCAAAUUCAGCUGCCGUGUGUUCCCCUGGAAGAGAAG